AUGUCGGGAGAAGAUUCUCAGCAAGUAAACAAUAAUAAUACAAAUAGAAAUGCGACUAAUCAUGGUGAAUCUCUAAUAUCACCAUCAAGUACCAAUGGAACUGAACGAACCGUGCGAUUUUCGGUGGAAAGUGGUGCGGAAGAACGACAGCAUCCUGGUGAAGGAGAGGAUCAGCAUAAUACAACAUUUAAUUUGAAAAGUUGGCGGAAUAUGCACACAAUUGAUCAUCCACCGAUUAUUGAUUUCUACCGUAAUUCCAUAGAUGAAGGUGGUGGUGUAACAUCUCGACCAUCAAUGAAUCAAUUGAUACAUGGUGAGAAUGCUCAGGAUACUGUAAUUGGAAUCGAUGAAUUUAAGAAAGAUGCGGAUGAUAUAAUAAAUGGAGAAAGGGCGACAACAGCAAAACUUAGUAAAUUUGAGCCUCCGGCACCUGUUGUACGAACUAAAUUCGGCUGGAUUCAGGGUGUUUUCGUACGUUGCAUAUUGAAUAUUUUUGGUGUAAUGCUUUAUUUACGUAUUAGUUGGGUUGCCGGACAAGCUGGAAUCAUAUUAGGAUGUGCAGUUGUACUCCUUGCUUCGUUGGUAACAUUUAUCACGGCGCUAUCAACGUGUGCUAUUUGUACAAACGGUGAUGUGAAAGGCGGUGGUGCUUAUUUUUUGAUUAGUCGUUCGUUGGGUCCAGAAUUUGGUGGUUCUAUUGGUUUGAUAUUUUCGGUAGCAAAUGCAGUUGGUGCAGCAAUGUAUGUGGUUGGAUUUGCUGAAACAGUACGAGAUUUGCUGAAAGAAUAUAAUUAUGCAGUUAUUGAUGGUGGAAUGAAUGAUGUACGAAUAAUUGGUCUUGUUUCCUGUUGCGUAUUAAUGGCAAUUGUGUUUAUUGGGACAAGUUUUGAAAGUAAAAUGCAAAUUGGUUUACUUGCUAUUUUAACAUUAUCUAUUAUCGAUUAUUUUAUUGGAACUUUUGUACCAGUUUCGGAGAAUCAAUUAUAUCGUGGUAUUACAGGCUACAGCUUUACUACAAUGACUGAAAAUAUGCUUCCGAAUUUUCAAAGUGGUGAGACAUUUUUUUCCGUAUUUGCUAUAUAUUUUCCAGCUGCAACAGGAAUAAUGGCAGGUGCAAAUAUCAGCGGUGAUUUAGCAGAUCCUCAGCAUGCUAUACCAAAAGGUACAUUAUUAGCAAUAGCGUUAACAACAGCGGUAUAUUUAUUAGUUAUAUUUGCAACCGGAUCAACAUGUGUACGAUAUGCUGAUGGUUAUCAGCAACCAUAUAUCGUUAAUAAUUCCUAUUUCAUUCCCGAUUGUGCGCAUAAUAACACAUGUCCAUACGGUUUAAUGAAUUAUUUUCAGGUAAUGGAAACUGAAAGCUUAUAUGGACCAUUAAUUACAGCUGGUAUUUUUGCUGCAACAUUAAGCUCAGCUUUAGCUAGCCUUGUUAGUGCACCAAAAAUUUUUCAGGCCGUAUGCAAAGAUCGUCUGUUCCCGAAGACGGAUUUCUUUGCACGAGGUUAUGGCAAAAAUGAAGAACCGCAACGAGCCUAUGCACUUGGCUUCAUAAUCGCUUUGGUGAUGAUUCUAAUCGGAGAAUUGAAUGCAAUAGCACCAAUAAUUUCAAACUUUUUCUUGGCUUCCUAUGCACUCAUUAAUUAUUCAUGUUUCGAUGCUUCAUUUGUUGAUUCACCAGGUUUUCGACCUGCUUUUAAAUAUUACAAUAUGUGGGUGUCAUUAACCGGUGCAUUGCUAUGUAUUAGUGUUAUGUUUAUUAUUUCAUGGUCGACUGCAUUGCUCACAUUCUUCUUUUUUGCGGUGUUAUUUUUAUAUAUAUUGUAUCGUAAACCAGAUGUUAAUUGGGGAUCAUCCACACAAGCUCAUACAUACAAGAAAGCACUACAAGCUAUGCAAAAAUUAUCCAAUACCGAAGAGCAUGUGAAAAAUUACCGACCACAGAUAUUGUUAUUGGCCGGUAAUCCGGCAGCGCGACCAUCACUUGUCGAUUUUGCUUAUAAUAUUACAAAAGGAUCGAGUUUGAUGAUAUGUGGUUUUGUUGUACCGUAUGAGCCAUGUGAUCGAGUAUUUGCGCUACUUAGAAAAUUGGAUGUUCAAAUGAAUGAAUGGCUGAAGAAGCGUCACGUAAAAUCAUUUUACGUUUCCGUAGCUAGUCCUAGCUUACGUACUGGUGCUCAAACAUUACUUCAGGUUGCUGGUCUUGGAAAAUUGAAACCUAAUAUUUUGAUCACCGGUUUUAAAAGAAAUUGGGCAGAACGUGGUGCUGAAGGAUUGGGUGAAAUUAACGAUUAUUUUGGAGUUAUUCAGGAUGCUUUCGAAAGUCGAAUGGGAGUAGCAGUGCUAAGAAAUUCUCGAAGUGGGCUUGAUUAUAGUGAACUGAUGAAACGGCAUAAUGUAGGUGAUAUGGCACGACUUAAUUUACCCAAUAUCAUUCGAUCUUCAAUUUCAACAAAAACGGAUAGUGGAGCGAAUAAUCAUGAAGCGCAAGAAAUAAAAUCGACAGAAGAUGAUGUUAACAUCACUGAUAAAAAAGUCAAAGAUGAUUCAGAACAAAAUAUGGAUGCUGAUCAAGAACAAGGUGUUAAUGCAUCGAUGCGAUUGCAUCGGCAAAAAGCCAUUGAUGUAGAAAGUAGCAGAAAAGAUGGUAUAGCGGUCAAUACCGCAAAUUUGGAUACAUUCGCAACAGCAAAUACAAGCGAUGCUUUGAAUGUAGAACAUUUUGAUUCUAUUAAUGAAUCUUUACUUCUUGGCAACAUUCUGCAUCUUGCGGCAACUGGUUCUUAUUUGGCUAAUUGUCCAUUGGAAUGUUUUGAUGAAGAAAAGAAUGAAUGUGAAUUGGAUGGUGGAGCUAUUGUAGAAAAUGCUAAUGAUGAUUUAGAAGAGGAUUGUGAUGAAUAUACGGAUGAAAAUACACGACUAACAAAAGGUAGCAAUGAUGGUGAGCAGCUAUUAACACACGAGCAGAAGCUUCACAAAAAUCGUCAUCAUUAUAUUGCUGUCAUUAAUCAUGAUAAUAAUAUUGACGGUGGUGCUAAUAAUGAUGAUAUUGGUAAUGUUAUUGAUAACGAUAAGGCAGUUGAAAUACCUGAAACACAAAGACGACACUCAUUACAUGAUAGUCUUCGAAGAUCACAUCGUCCAACAGCUGCGCAACGUGAACUUGUUGCAUCAAUUUGUCGUUUUCAUCGUAAAAUUAAAGGUGCAGUAAUUGAUGUAUGGUGGUUAUAUGAUGAUGGUGGCUUAACUCUUCUCAUUCCACAUCUAUUAACACUACCAAAAAGUUACGUGGAGAAUGCACGAUUACGUAUUUUCACGAUUUCCACAUCACCAACAUUGAUGGAACAGGAACAAAGAAGUAUGGCAGCAUUGUUAACAAAAUUCCGGAUCGAUUUUUCUGAUGUUUCCGUAAUACCAGAUAUUGGUAGGAAGCCUACUGCUCAAACGAUUGAAAUAUUUUCCAAACUUAUCAAACCGUUUAUUUGUGAUGAUGACGUUGUUCUACCGGGUAUGAUUGCACGAUCAGAGUUAGAAGCUCAACAAAAUAGGACAAAUCGACAUUUGAGAUGUUCCGAAUUACUCCACGAAUUAUCUUCUAAAUCUGACCUCAUCGUUUUAACAUUGCCGGUACCACGAUUUGGUUUUGUGAGCAGUUGCUUAUAUAUGGCAUGGUUGGAUAUGAUGACACGAGAUCUACCACCAACAUUGAUGAUACGCGGCAAUCAGACAUCUGUUCUCACAUUUUACUCAUAA